AUGAAUCGCAUGCCUACAAAGGAAGAAGUGCAAAAAAUUGUGCAACGCUGGCACCAGCUACGAGACCAAUAUGGCGACCAAGUUGUUAAUGUACCUGAGUUUACACAAUUGAACAAAACUAUAAACUCCAUUAAGAUGCACCAGCAACAACUCCAACAACAGCAUUUGCAGCAGCAACAGCAGCAGCAACAGCAACAGCAACAGCAACAGCAGCAGCAGCAGUCUGGUCCGUUAAUGGGCCAACAACAACGUCAGUUAUCGCAGUCGCUGCAAAUCCCACCACAACACCAAUCCCCAGCACAACUGCAUUCCAAUGUUCUGCAACAGCAGUUACCGACCCAGCAAGCUAUGGCCAAUCCGCGUUUAACCCCACAACAACAACAACAACAUCAUCAUCAUCAGAAUCAAACACAAACGCAGCACCAGUUUCGUCAACAGCAGCAGCAACAACAACAACAACAACAACAACAACAAAGACCACUGCAGCACGCUACUCCGCACAUUCUGAACCAAGCUAUUCCAUUAGAUCAACAACAUCAAAAUGCGUUCUCUAGUAACUUUGGCAACUCAGCCCAAAUUAUACCUGGCGCUGGGUCUCCUGUAAUUGGUAGAAGUCUAAAUGGUUCGUCCAGUGGAACUCCAUUAGUACAAAAUGCAAAUGCAAAUGCACAUGCACAUGCAAAUGCAAAUGUAAAUACAGGCUUCGGACCUACACCAGCAAUAAGUUCAGGGGCAGCACCAGGUCCAACUGUAUUUAAUAAUCGUAUGGGACAACAAGGUGUGAACUUAAACCUCGAGAAUGGCACUAUUUCGACACAACCAAAUAGUUGGUUAAAUACCGCUCAACCACAAUCUCAACCACAAUUUCCACCACCACAACCACAACCACAACCCCAGACUCAAGGACAACCACAAAUGCAGGCUCAAGCACCUUUACCAGAAUCUGCAUUUACUAAUCAACAAUUUCAGCUACUCAAGUCCCAAGUACAAGCAUUAAAGUAUCUUAUGAAGGGUAGUAAUCAAGGUCCCAUGCCACAGAAUUUGGCUGCAUUUGUCACAAAUCCUUCGUUUGCCUAUGCCAAUGGUCAAUACUUGUCCGCAGCACUUGACCGCGGCGGUUCAAUAAGCCAACAGCAGCAACAACAACAACAACAGCAGCAACAGCAACAGCAGCAGCCAAGACUGGAUUCACAAUUCUCUCCCAAUGGUUUUGUUAAUAAUAAUGGUGUUGCUGAUCAAGCAGGUGUCAAUCUUCCAAAAGAAAAGAAAAAAGGCAAAAGAGGACCAAAACCGAAAGCCAAUCAACAACCAAAGAAAUUGACGAAAAAGCAGAUCAAGGAGGAAGAGCAGCGCUUGGCAGCUGAGAAACAAAGACAAAAUAUGGAAGCACAGAAUAAUAUGGCAGCCCAACCACCAUUUCCAAAUCCGCCUCCACCUCCACAACAUCAUCAGCAACAGCAACAGCAGCUGCAGCCGCCUCUACCAAAUCAAUUUCAACCUUUCCAACCUCAAUCACAACCUCAACCUCCCGCUCAAGGUCAGUUUGUUCCACCCGGCCAACCUCAAGGCAACCCGACCAUCGCAAAUCCUUCAUUGAACCCUCAACAACAAGCACAAGCGCAAGCACAAGCACAGCCUCCAUUUCAACAACAAGCACAAGCACAGCCACAAAUACAACAUCAUCCUUCUGGUCCAGUUAUUCCACCAGUCUCAGCUCCUGAGUUUUUACUCCCAGAGCCUGCUCCUCCUGUAUUACUUAGUAAAGUUAUUUCUGAAAGCCACAACAAAAAUAAAUUGGUGCUACCUAUAACAAAACCCAAUUUGGAAGUCGACACCUUUGAAGUUUUUGACAUUGUUGGAGAACGCACUAAGGAUAUUCCACUUAGCACUUUGUACACGCCUCAAAGUCGCUUUCAAAUUCCUUCUUUGAUGCCUAGUGCAAUGAGUUUGGAAAAUAUGGCUGCCAAUAGAGAAGUUCUUUUGGCACUUCGAAUUGAGGGCGAGAAGAAGUACAUAAAGAAGAAGCUUAACUCGUUAAAACCCAGCGAAACCGAAAAACGCAACGAGUUGGAAACCAAGUUGAAUAUGUUGGAGAUAAUUCCCCUUCAAAAGCAAGCCAGGGGUAAAGUUUUAGUUCAAUCCUGGUUUAACAAAUCAAUGUUACCAAACUCACAUCCCAACUUCUUGGCCAGAUUUAAUACAUUAUCAAUGGAGAGUGUUUCAAUGACGUUGGACCUCUAUCAACAUCAAUUAGAGUCAUUUAGGAAGGAGAAAAACAAAAAGCAUUCCCAGAUAAUUGAUCAAGUUGUCAAGUUUAGUCUCGAUACGAUUAUCAAGAAAUCUCGGAGACAAGACAAGCUAAACAAGUUUGCAAACAAAAUUAAUAAUAUUCAUGUUCAAAUAGCAAAAGAAGAACAGAAGAAAUUGGAAAGAAUGGCCAAGCAGCGUUUACAAGCAUUAAAACUGAAUGACGAAGAAGCUUACUUGAAACUUUUGGACCACACUAAGGAUACCAGAAUCACACAUUUAUUGAACCAGACCAACCAAUUUUUGGACUCAUUGGCUCAAGCAGUUCAAACACAGCAAAGGGAAGCGGAGGAAAAACUUGCUGGAUCAGGCAGAAUUAUGGAAGAGAGAAUAGAGGAGCAAGUACCCGCUAUGGAUUCCGGAGUUAUCGACGAAAACGAAAAGAGAGAAAAAACAGAUUACUACAAUGUGGCACAUAGAAUCAAGGAAGAAGUAAAUAAACAACCAUCAAUCUUGGUAGGUGGUACUUUAAAAGAAUAUCAGUUGAAAGGUUUGCAAUGGAUGGUAUCAUUGUUCAACAAUCAUUUAAAUGGUAUUCUUGCCGAUGAGAUGGGGUUGGGAAAGACAAUUCAAACUAUAUCAUUGAUUACAUAUUUGAUUGAAGUUAAGAAAAUUCCAGGUCCGUUUUUGGUCAUUGUACCACUUUCCACCGUUACCAAUUGGAACUUGGAAUUUGAAAAAUGGGCUCCAAGUGUGAAAAAGAUUACUUAUAAAGGUACACCAAACCAAAGAAAAGCAUUGCAACAUGAAAUAAGAAUGGGCAAUUUCCAAAUAUUGUUAACCACCUUUGAAUACAUUAUCAAAGACAAAGCUUUACUAGGACGUAUCAAAUGGGUUCACAUGAUUAUUGAUGAAGGUCAUCGUAUGAAGAACGCCAAUUCAAAAUUGUCGGAAACCUUGACAACCAAUUACUACAGUGAUCAUAGAUUGAUUUUAACAGGUACACCUUUGCAAAACAAUUUGCCUGAACUUUGGGCUCUUUUGAAUUUCGUAUUGCCCAAGAUCUUUAAUUCGGUAAAAUCUUUUGACGAGUGGUUCAAUACACCAUUUGCUAACACUGGAGGUCAGGAUAAGAUUGAGCUCAGUGAAGAAGAGACGCUUUUGGUUAUUCGAAGACUUCACAAGGUUCUUCGUCCAUUUUUGUUGAGGCGUUUGAAGAAGGAUGUUGAGAAAGACCUUCCUAGCAAGAUUGAAAAAGUCGUUAAAUGUAAAAUGUCUGCAGUACAAUCAAGAUUGUAUCAGCAGAUGUUGAAAUACAAUGUAUUGUACUCUGGUGAUCCCCAAAAUCCCGAUGUUGCCAAGCCUAUAAAGAACGCAAAUAAUCAAAUUAUGCAAUUGAAAAAAAUAUGCAACCAUCCUUUUGUUUACGAAGAUGUUGAAAAUUUCAUCAAUCCAACUUCGGAGAAUAAUGACUUGAUAUGGAGAGUUGCUGGUAAGUUUGAGUUGUUGGAUAAAGUCUUACCCAAGUUUAAACAAACUGGACACAAGGUGUUGAUAUUCUUUCAGAUGACUCAAAUUAUGGAUAUAAUGGAGGACUUUUUAAGGCUUCGCAAUUUAAAAUACAUGAGAUUGGACGGUGGAACUAAAGCCGAUGACAGAACAGAAUUACUUAAGUUGUUUAAUGCUCCAGAUUCUGAGUAUUUUUGCUUCUUGUUAUCAACUAGGGCCGGUGGUUUGGGUUUAAAUUUGCAAACUGCCGAUACUGUUAUUAUAUUUGAUACUGAUUGGAAUCCUCACCAAGAUUUACAGGCUCAAGAUAGAGCGCAUCGUAUUGGACAGAAGAAUGAAGUUAGAAUCUUGCGACUCAUCACCGAGGACUCUGUUGAAGAAAUGAUUUUGGAAAGAGCUCACGCAAAGUUGGAGAUUGACGGUAAGGUGAUCCAAGCGGGUAAGUUCGAUAACAAGUCGACUGCAGAAGAACAGGAAGCUAUGUUGAGGGCUUUACUUGAAAAGGAAGAUGAGCGCAGACAGAAAGGUGGUGAAGUGGAGGACGAGGAUUUGGAUGAUGAUGAACUUAACCAAAUUAUUGCCCGAAAUGAAGGUGAAUUGGAAACCUUUAAGAAGUUAGACGAAGAAAGAUAUCUUACAACAAAAUUGGCAAAUUACCCUGCGAGGUUAUAUUCGGACCUGGAAUUACCUGGAAUUUACAAGAAAGAUCCCGAAGAGGUUCUUAAGAAGGAAGAUAUACUCACUGAAGAUUAUGGGCGCGGUGCUCGUGAAAGAAAAACCACUCAUUACGAUGAUAACUUGACAGAGGAACAAUGGUUGAAACAAAUAGACGGCAUGAUUUCUGAUGAUUCAGAUAGUGAUGACGACAAUGAUGGUGAUAACAGUGAAUCUGAUAGCGAGUCAGAUUAUUCAAAAACCGUAAAAACAAGGAAAAAAGGUAAAAGUGGAAAUGGUAAUGCAAAUACAAAUGCAAAUGCAAAUGCAAAUGGAGCUGGACCUGGAACUGGAACUGUAAAAAGAAAAAGAGGACGUCCUCCAUUAACGAGAGUAAUUGACGAAGUUGACGAGGAUCGCGGCAGUGGUGUUGAUGGUCUCAACGUCAAUGCAAGCGCCGACGCCAGCGCCAACGCCAAUUCCAAUGAUGCCGGUGAUGGUAAAAACGAAAAUAAUGAACCAGCACCAGCACCAGCACCAGCAGCAGCAGCAGUUGCAACAGCUGGUGAGGAAAAAACCUCCAGUAAUACCGAAUUUUCCAGUAAGAGGACAGCUGAAGAAUCUGAUGAUACCGAAGCUCUGACUCACAAGAAGCAAAAGUUGGAUACCACCAAGGCUGUAGCUAACGCUAUUGCCAUAGGUACAGGUACUAGGGGUAGCCGAGGACGAGGACGAGGACGUGGACGUGGUAGAGGAAGAGGUAGAGGAAGGGGAUCUGGUUUAUCUCGUUCAGCUCCAUCUGUGGAUCCACUUUCACCAGAUGAACGCGCUAGACUUCAAAACAACAUUGAAAAUAUUUUGGGUUUGGUAAUCAACCAUAAAAAUGAGCAUGAUAGAAGGUUGAGUGAUUUGUUCAUGGUGAAGCCAUCAAGACGAUUCUAUCCUGAUUACUAUGUGUUGAUUAAACACCCUAUAGCUCUUGAUACAAUAAAGAAACGUGCAAAUAGUAAGGUGUACUCAACGAUACGAGAAUUUAUGGAGGAUUUGCAUCUUAUGUUUAGCAAUGCAAAGAUUUACAAUGAAGAGGGCUCUAUUGUUUACCAAGAUGCUGCUGCACUCGAGAUAAUAUCUACCCGUAAAUUGAAGGAACUUUUGAAUACGACUACAGAGCUGGAAUUUGAAACACUUUUGAACUUUUCAGAUUUUGACGAAAUGUUUGGAUUGAACCAAAUUGCACCAUCUACGGCCAUCAAACAACCUAUUGAAACUAAGUUGGAGAAGAUUGAUAAUGGAGAAGCUGUUGAUAGUCCUUUGCUAGGAGUCUCAACCACAGCUGAUACUGAAGAAUCGACCCCAGCGUAUAUGGAAUAA